UCACGUCUGAGGAAGAGAUCGGUGGCUGCGGGAGAUCUCUGCGGAUUGGGGCUCGAGCCUGACUGACCCGACAGUGCGGGGGGGCUAGAGGGAGGCGCUCAGAGUAGGAACCCCGGGGUGCAGACGGGAUCUGCCGGAUCCCCAGGCGUGCGUGUGCGCGGGUAUCAGAGGAGGGGGAUUGUGAGAUCAUGAGUGACGGAGGGGACUGUGUGAAUGUGUGCGUGAGGUUCUAUGCACAGGCCCGGGAGGGCGUGUGGACGCAGCGCACUUUGCUGAGUGACACUGUGCCGGUGCCCCUAGGCUCCUGCUGCUUCCUCCCUCUUUCCGCUUCACAGCUGCGGGGACUGCAGCAGAGGAAUGGCCCCAGUAGGGAGGUCAGAUACUGAGCCGAGAAUGAAGCUUCACACAAGAAAGCGCAGAAGUGCCCCCGAGUGUUCCCCAGGAGGGCAGCAACAUGUUGAGAACCACAGCAUCCUCAGAGCUCUGUCUCCAGAAACCAGCUCCAAACUGGUUGUACUGGUUGAAUCGAUUCCUCUUCCUUCCUUCCUAUUUCGUGUGAAGUGAGGGAAAUUGUGGCUAUGGAGGGAGGGUGCUUUCAAACUUAGCCUGCGCUCCAAGAAAUGCCUGGAGUCUCACGCUUGCCGUAUCCUUCUCCAGUCGUAUUAUUAUCCAAAAGAACGACCUGGAGGAGGAUGAGAGCGUUACUGCUGCACACCUAAAAGUCAAGGGGGAGAAGCCUGAGGAAGAUUGACCAGUUUUGUAAUUCUAGAAACAUGGUCCAUAGUCUUGCUCUGUGGCCCAGGCUGGAGUGCAGUGGCAUGAUCACAGUUCACUAUAGCCUUGAACUCCUGGGCUCAAGCGAUACUCCUACCUCAGCCUCUCGAGUAGCUGGGACUACAGGGAUCAGUGACAUUCAGGGAUGUGGCCAUUGACUUCUCUCAGGAGGAGUGGGAGUGCCUGCAGCCUGAUCAGAGGACCUUGUACAGGGAUGUGAUGUUGGAGAACUACAGCCACCUGAUCUCACUGGCAGGAAGUUCCAUUUCUAAACCAGAUGUGAUUACGUUACUAGAGCAAGAGAAAGAGCCCUGGAUGGUUGUAAGGAAAGAAACAAGCAGACGGUAUCCAGAUUUGGAGUCAAAAUAUGGACCUGAGAAAGUAUCUUCAAAAAAUGAUACCUCUGAAGUAAAUUUACCCAAACAGGUUAUAAAGCAAAUAAGUACAACUCUUGGCCUUGAGGCCUUUUAUUUUAGAAAUGACUCAGAAUAUAGAAGAUUUGAGGGACUACAGGGAUAUCAAGAAGGAAAUAUCAAUCAAAAGAUGAUCAGCUAUGAAAAAUUGCCUACUUAUACUCCUCAUGCUUCUCUUAUUUGCAAUACACAUAAACCGUAUGAAUGUAAGGAAUGUGGGAAAUACUUUAGUCGUAGUGCAAAUCUUAUUCAGCAUCAGAGUAUUCAUACUGGAGAGAAACCCUUUGAAUGUAAGGAGUGUGGGAAAGCCUUUCGACUUCACAUACAAUUUACUCGACAUCAGAAAUUUCAUACUGGUGAGAAACCUUUUGAAUGUAACGAAUGUGGAAAGGCCUUUAGUCUUCUUACCCUGCUUAAUCGCCACAAGAACAUUCACACAGGUGAGAAACUGUUUGAAUGUAAGGAAUGUGGGAAGUCCUUUAAUCGUAGUUCCAACCUUGUUCAACAUCAGAGUAUUCAUUCUGGUGUAAAACCAUAUGAAUGUAAGGAGUGUGGGAAAGGCUUUAAUCGUGGUGCACACCUUAUUCAGCAUCAGAAAAUUCAUUCCAAUGAGAAACCCUUUGUAUGUAAGGAAUGUGGGAUGGCCUUUCGAUAUCAUUACCAACUUAUUGAACAUUGCCAAAUUCAUACUGGUGAGAAACCCUUUGAAUGUAAAGAAUGUGGAAAGGCAUUUACUCUUCUGACAAAGCUUGUUCGACAUCAGAAGAUUCAUACUGGUGAGAAACCCUUUGAAUGCAGGGAAUGUGGGAAGGCCUUUAGUCUUCUCAACCAGCUUAAUCGCCAUAAGAACAUUCACACUGGUGAAAAACCAUUUGAAUGUAAGGAAUGUGGGAAGUCCUUUAAUCGUAGCUCAAACCUUGUUCAACAUCAGAGUAUUCAUGCUGGUGUAAAACCAUAUGAAUGUAAGGAGUGUGGGAAAGGCUUUAAUCGUGGUGCACACCUUAUUCAGCAUCAGAAAAUUCAUUCCAAUGAGAAACCUUUUGUAUGUAGGGAAUGUGAGAUGGCCUUCAGAUAUCAUUGCCAACUUAUUGAACAUUCUCGAAUUCAUACUGGUGACAAGCCAUUUGAAUGUCAAGACUGUGGGAAGGCCUUCAAUCGUGGCUCAAGCCUUGUUCAACAUCAGAGUAUUCACACUGGUGAGAAGCCCUAUGAAUGUAAGGAGUGUGGGAAGGCUUUUAGACUUUACCUACAACUUUCCCAACAUCAGAAAACUCACACAGGUGAGAAACCAUUUGAAUGUAAGGAAUGUGGGAAAUUCUUUCGUCGUGGUUCAAAUCUUAAUCAACAUCGAAGUAUUCAUACCGGAAAGAAACCCUUUGAAUGUAAGGAAUGUGGGAAAGCCUUUCGACUUCAUAUGCACCUUACUCGACAUCAGAAAUUGCAUACUGGUGAGAAACCCUUUGAAUGUAAGGAGUGUGGGAAAGCCUUUCGACUUCAUAUGCAACUUACUCGACAUCAGAAAUUGCAUACUGGUGAGAAACCCUUUGAAUGUAAGGAAGGUGGAAAGGUUUUUAGUCUUCCCACCCAGCUUAAUCGCCAUAAGGACAUUCACACAGGUGAGAAGCCAUCUUGAAUGUAAGGAAUGUGGAAAGUCCUUUAAUCGUGUCUCAAACCAUGUUCAGCAUCAGAGUAUUCGUGCUGGAAUAGGCUUCAUUCCAGUGUGGGAAAGGCUUCAUUCGUGGUUCAAACCUUACUCACCAUCAGAAAAUUCAUUCCAGUGAGAAACUCUUUGUAUGCAAGGAGUGGAGGAAGACCUUUAGAUAUCAUUACCAACUUAUUUAACAUUACCAAAUUCACACUGGUUAAAAACCCCUUUGAAUGUAAAGAAUGUGGAAAGGCCUUCAGUUUUCUGACACAGCUUGCUGGACUUCAGGUCAUUCAUACUGGCGAGAAGCCAUUUGAAUUUGAGAAAUGUGGGAAGGCUUUUAAUAGUGGCUCAAACCUUGUUCGACAUCAGAGUGUUCAUACUGGUGAGAAACUCUACAAAUGUAAGGAGUGUGGGAAAACUUUCAGAUUUUGUUUGGUCCUGACUGCAUAUCAAAGAAUUCAUACUGGUAUGAAACCCUGUGAAUGUACAGAAUUUGGGAAGACCUUUAGUUGUAGCUCAAACAUUGUUCAACAUGUUAAAAUUCAUACUGGUGGGAAACCCUAUAAUGUAAGGAAUGUGGGAAAGCAUUUACUGUGGAUGAUCAGCUGUCUCAACAUCAGAAAAUUCAUAAUAGUUAGAAAUUUUGUGACUAUAAGGAGUGUGGACAAGCCUUCACUGUGUAUGAAAAAUUUACUCAACACCAGAGAGCUCAUAUUGAUGAGAAAUCUUGUGAACAUAAAAGAAUGUGUGAAGAACUUU